AUGCGAUACUUACCACGUCAUAGGAGCAAAAUGAGCCAUUCGCCACCGAUCUUCCAUCGAAUACGUCUUUUUGGGGUUCAUAUGAAAAAUAUUACGGAAUUAUUAUUAUUAUUAUUAUUAUUAUUAUUAUUAUUAUUAUUAUUAUUAUUAUUAUUAUUAUUAUUAUUAUUAUUAUUAUUAUUAUUAUUAUUAUUAUUAUUAUUAUUAUUAUUAUUAUUAUUAUUAUUAUUAUUAUUAUUAUUAUUAUAUUGA